CAAAAUCAAAAUCAAAACCAAAACCACCAACCACCACCACCCGAAACAAUGGCUGACACUGCGACCCCCAGUCUCUCCGAGACCCGUCCCGGCGGCAACCGCAAGAACAACCGCCAGGAGUCUGAGUCGGCCGGUGGUCUCGUCGGGGGACUGGUCCUGCCUGGUGAGCAGCAGGGACAGGAUGAGAAGGAGAGCUUGAAGAUUCGCAUUCACUUGAAUCUGCAUGCGAAGGUCAAGCUGGACUUGGAUGCGCAGCUGUAUGGUGAUAUCGUUAUUGGGCUGUUGUAGGGGGGUUGGUACGGAUUUUCAUCAUGUAUCUAUCUACUUACAGUACCUAUGACUGUGGUGCUGGCUGGGUGUGAUGCGGUGGGAUGGGAGGUUUAUGAUGUGAUGUGAUGUGAUGAGAUUAUAUUUGAGGAUCUGAAUGGAUGCGUGCGAUUGAGAUUGAG